UUUUUCUCUCCUUCAGAUAAUGUUAUCAAAAAAUACAGCUUCUGAAUUUUUUCCCCAAAACUGAGUUUAUUAUAUGGUUUGGAAGAAAUCCCUGUGAAAUAACCUUUAAGGAAACAUUUAAGACGUGGGCUUACAAACAAUGGAAAAAUACGCUGUGUUAAAAGUACUUGGAGAGGGAUCCUUUGGGAGAGCUCUUUUAGUUUUUCAUAAGAGUAGUGACCAGAGAUAUGCAAUGAAGGAAAUAAGACUUCCCAAGUCUCCUUCUGAAGUACAGAACUCAAGGAAGGAAGCUAUUCUAUUGGCUAAAAUGAAACAUCCAAAUAUUGUUGCCUAUAAGGAAUCAUUUGAAGCUGAUGGACAUCUGUAUAUAGUGAUGGAAUACUGUGAUGAUGGAGAUCUAAUGCAAAAGAUUAAAUUUCAAAGAGGAAAAUUGUUUCCUGAAGAUAUGAUACUUUGUUGGUUUGUACAGAUGUGUUUGGGAGUGAAGCACAUUCACGACAGACGUGUGUUGCAUAGAGAUAUCAAGUCAAAGAAUAUUUUUCUCACUCAAAAUGGAAAAGUAAAAUUGGGAGAUUUUGGUUCUGCACGUCUUCUUAACGAUCCAAUGGCAUAUGUUUGUACAUUUGUGGGAACUCCUUAUUACGUACCUCCAGAAAUAUGGGAGAACAUUCCGUACAACAACAAAAGUGAUAUAUGGUCCCUGGGAUGCAUUUUAUAUGAGCUCUGUACUCUUAAACAUCCAUUUCAAGCCAAAAGUUGGAAACAUCUCAUCCUUAAGAUAUGUAAAGGAUCCUACAAUCCACUUCCAUCUCAGUACUCCUAUGAACUUCAUUAUUUAAUAAAACAGAUGUUUAAGAGAAAUCCGAAGAACCGUCCAUCGGCCAGUACUAUUCUUGAAAGAGGCUGCUUAGCAAAACUAAUCAAAAAUUGUUUGCCAGCAGAGGUUACAGCUGAGUUGAAACAAAGAUCAGAGGUAACCAAGAAACACAAAUGUGAUUUGGGAAGAAUAAAAGCAGAUGCUGUCAGUACAGGUGGGCAUUCUGAUAACGGACAACGUGAAGAUCAAAGUAGUACAGGUGGUAAUUCAGAAUUGGAGAACGUUACCAAGCAUUUGAGUGAGAGGACACUAAAUGAAAGGGUCACUGGUGAAGAGGUUUUAUCAGAAAACUGUGAAGCCCCCCUAAAGAAAGCUAGUUUGCCAAGUUCACACAGAAAACGUUGGGAAAAAGGAGUGUCCAAUACAGUGGCAAAUUUCCUGGAAAAUCCAUCACUGCUUUGUUCCAGAUUUACAUCUGAAGAGGAUAAAAGUGGCUGUGUUAUAAAAUACAGUGAAGAUAAGCCACGUAAGCAGUGGAUUAAAGAAACUCCUCACACCUUGAUGAAUAUUCUCAAGAAUGCCGAUAUUAGCUUGGCAUUUAAAACAUACACUAUCUAUAAACCAGCCUCAGAAGACUUAUUGAGAGGUCCACUUUCUGAGGAAGCCAGCGUAUCUGAUGAAAUAGAUGGUGAAGGUGAAGCCAUUAUCACAGAUUCUGAGAGGCUUGAACCAAGAUCGGAUGAAGAAGACACGGACUUUGAAGAGGAAGAUGAUCCAGAUUGGGUGUCUGAAUUGAAGAUGAUGGCCAAAAUACAGUAGACUGUUCUGUAGCAAUAAUAUGUACAAUAUGUAAAUUACAGUUGUUAAAUGGAUCUAAACCAAUUUUUCAAGUUAGUUAUGAAUGUGUAAGUUUCAUACACAGUAAAUGGAGAAAAAAUAUGCAUAAUAAAAAUUAAAACCCAAAUGACAUGAACAAAUCUGAGUAUUGAAUAUAUACUUGAACCAGGUGUUAGUUUUGUAGAAAUGCCCAGGAGAGUAACACUGUUUAAACUGAUCACAGUGGGGCAUGUGCAAGGAAUGGUAGCACUAAAAGAACAGUAUGCAAGGUGUUUCUUUUUGAUUAAAAAGAUAUGUGUUUUAUAAUAGAAACAGCUGAUGUUAACUGACAAUAGUUUUCUGGAUUAUAACAACUUUUAAUAAAGGCCUAUGGCUCUCUCCAACCAGUUUGUAAUCCUGUGAAAAUGCCCUGGACUUGAUU